CAGGAGGCAGGUGCUUCUUCAGUUUCCAACGCAUGUAAAGAUGGGAGAUGCUGAGGAUGACAUUGCUGUCAUCGGUAUUGGAUGCAAUUUUCCAGGAGGGGAAGGGCUUGACAAUUUCUGGAAGGUUCUGCUGGAGGGGAAGAACUGUGCAGUACCGAUCCCAAAUGAGAGGUUUGACUGUUCCCAGUGGUACGACCCUGAUAACAACAAAGUGGGAAAAUCAUGCACAGAUAAGGCAGCGCUCAUUGAUGGGUUCAAUGAGUUUGAUCACAAGUUCUUUGGCAUCACUGAGUCUGAGGUGGAACAAAUGGACCCACAGCAGAAAUACCUUCUUCAGUGUACAUAUAGAGCUCUGGAAAAUGCUGGGAUUCCAAUGGAAAAGGCCAGUGGAACCAGAACAGGGGUGUAUUUGGGGUUAAUGAACAGAGAUUAUGAGCAAUUGACUGGAGGUAUCAGCCCAAAUAUAUUAAACCACUGGACAGGCACGGGACUAGCUAUGAGUAUAGCAGCCAACCGCAUCUCCUACGUCUUCAACUUCACUGGACCCUCAGUGUCCAUCGACAGCGCCUGCUCUUCAUCCCUGGUUGCACUUCACUUCGCUUGUCAAGCCAUCAGACAAGGUGAUUGCGAGAUGGCUCUCUGUGGGGGUGUGAGCUGUAUCAUACAGCCAACUGUCUUUGUGGCUCUCAGCAUGGCAAAGAUGAUUUCGCCUGAAGGCACCAGCAAGCCUUUCUCCAGCAGAGCAGAUGGCUAUGGCAGAGGAGAGGGUUGUGGGAUUGUUCUGCUGAAGCCACUGAAAAAAUUUUCUUCAAAGUCUGCAGAGUUGAAUGGUGAAGUCUACCCCCUGAAGUGCUGCUCUCUACAUCAUCCUAACUGACAAAUACAACGAUCAUCUGCAGCUUUUAAACUGUGAAUUUGGUGGAAAGCCGCAAAGCAGUAGGUCAGAUCUACCUCCCCUCCUCUUGACCAACCUAGUACACAUCUUCAGUAGCAUGUGGUAUGGCUGACAUCAAAGUCGGAUUCACUCAAAUAGAAGCG